AUGAAGUUGGACGACGCCUUAUGUGUUUAUCGCACAGCAUUCAAGAUGCCUCUGGGCACAUCUCCAUACAAAUUAGUUUUUGGGAAACCUUGCCAUCUUCCAUUGGAGCUGGAGCAUAAGGCCUUUUGGGCCAUGAAGAAGUUAAAUUUGGAUUAUGCUGUAGCAGAAGAUGUUCGCCGCUUACAAUUGCUAGAGCUUGAAGAAUUUCGCAAAGACGCUCACGAAAAUGCCAAGUUAUAUAAGGAAAAGACAAAGCAAUGGCACGAUGCAAGAAUCAAUCAUAAGAAGUUUGAAAAAGGGCAGCACGUGUUGCUUUAA